AAAAACUGGAAUCUUUUCAGUGUGAAUGUGGCCAUGGCUUGUACAGGACUCUACCAACUCUCAAGGAAACUUCAGCAUGAUUACUCAAAGGAGGAGAAAACAGAAGCACUAAAAGAAUGAUGACGAAAAUCAGUAACCUCUGGCCUUGCAUCAAAUCCAAAACAUUGAAAAAUCUGACUCAUCACGCCCUUAAGUGUGUUUUAAUUAUUUCUUAUCUUGCUCCUUGCUUUUUAUAAGUGCCUCAUGGAUUUAUGACAAGGUCAGGUAUCAAUAAUAAUAAGCCUUUGGUGUAUUUCAGCUGUAAAAACUGCUCUAUGUGAUUAGUGAUGACAUUUAUUAUUAUCCCGUCUUUCUG